GUUAGUGCCAACUUCCUGUUUACCACUUGUUCCUUGAGACAGUUCAGGGAUUGCAACAGUAGACUGUCGUGUGAUUUGGAUGACAACAUACACUGAUUCGACGUCCUACAGCUACGAAAUUGUUCACUUUCUUACGUCCGUCCUUUUUGUUAUUACAUAGGAAACAGAGGGGAGAUGAAGACGUGACAUUGAGGAAACGUGAUUAGGCCAGGAGUCCUCGAGAAAUCCUGAGUCUGGUGCCCGUACAGUAGUUCCUAUUUUGGUUUUGGUGAACACCUCUAUUGACAAGCGGAGCCGUACAAAACGAAAACGCAAUGUUACACAGGAUUACCAGGUAUACAACUGAAUGACUAUUUUAGCAAUGUUUCUGAUAAUAUAUUGAUAUUUUGUGUUUGAAAUCUAUACCGAUCACGUACAUUUAGCACUAUACGCUAACUAGCUAGCAAGCUGGCAAACUACUAGUACUAUUACUCGUUUGUACUAACCAGCUAAAAGGGUUGGUCAACUCGGGGGCGAGUUAACAUCACAGUGUGUAGAGUGUAUCACGCCGGCUUUGCCCUGAAUUCGGGGAGAAUACCCGGCUCCGGCCCCCUCAAGCGGGCAGUCAGGAAGAAACUGGCUGGGAAGGGAUGGCCUGGUCGGUCUUCCCGUUCCCAAGGACAAGGUUCUGCGGUGUUUGAAGGAGGGCAAGUUCGGAUACAACCCAUCGUGGGUCGCAGCGCGAUGAUGGCUACAUCCCCCUCCGUGUCAGAGAGCCUUAUGGCCUCCGGGCUGUCUGGCAGAAAGAGCGAAGAAAUAGCGGAUUUGAUAGAUUUGUUUUCGAAGAUGCAGUACAGAGCGAAAGAAGUAAACCCGCGGGUGGAAUUGAUAGAGAAACGUUGCUUGGAGCUGUUUGGUCGAGACUACAAGUACAGUGUCAUCCACAACACCAAUGGAGAAGUGUGUGGACAUUACCCCAGGCAGAUAGUCUUCCUGGAGUACGAAUGCACAGAGCCCAAUAAAGACAGGUUUGAGAGCACGGUCCAGAUAAGCAAGCUGCAGGACCUAGUGAAUCGCAGUAAGAUGGCUCGCUGCAGGGGCCGCUUCGUCUGUCCAGUUAUCCUCUACAACGGCAAGCAUAUUUGUCGGUCGUCAACUUUGGCUGGAUGGGGAGAGCUGUACGGGCGUACAGGCUACAACUACAUUUUCUCAGGUGGGACCGAUGACACGUGGGCAGAGUCCGAGGAAGUUUUAGAGGACGAUAGUGCAGUGAGGAAUGGGGAGGUGCAGCUCUUUGACAAGGUGCGAGGCCUGGACAUCAAGCUGCUACGUUACCUGUCCGUGCGCUACAUCUGUGACCUUAUGGUGGAGAACAAGAAGGUCAAGUUUGGCCUAAAUGUCACCUCCUCCGAGAAGGUAGACAAAGCCCAACGCUAUGCAGACUUCACCCUUCUUUCUGUGCCUUACCCAGGAUGUGAGUUUUUCAAGGACUACAAAGACAGAGACUACACUGCUGAGGGACUGGUGUUCAAUUGGAAUCAGGACUUUGUAGAUGCGCCUUUGACAAUCCCCACGUGCUUUACCAAGAACUUGAACAUUGACUGGAGUGAAUAUCAGUCUUGGGACCUGGUGCAGCAGACCCAGAACUACCUGAAGCUGUUGCUUCACAUCAUCAACAAUGAUGAAGAGAGCGGCCUCCUGGUGCACUGUAUAUCUGGUUGGGAUCGGACUCCCCUCUUUGUGUCCCUCCUGAGGCUUUCACUGUGGGCUGACGGAGCUAUCCACUCCAGUCUAGAACCUGCCGAAAUCCUGUACCUGACCAUUGCCUAUGACUGGUUCCUCUUUGGUCAUAUGCUGCCUGAUCGCCUCACUAAAGGAGAGGAGAUUUUUUUUUUUUGCUUCAAUUUUCUGAAGCACAUUGUCUCAGAGAAGUUCUCUGCUGUUAAGAAACAAAGAAGAAAAAACUCCCAGUUCAAAGACACUGAUUUCACAGUGGAUGACCUAUGCCAGUUGAAGUCCCGGGACAGGGGCAGUGUGACCAGUCUGAGCAGUGACUUCUCUCUGAUCACGGAAGAUGCAGGGGGUGGAGCCUCCAGCCUCACCAACGACAGCAUGGACCUGUUGUCCAGCCAACCACUGGCUUCCAGCUGGAGGAAAGGUCCUACCUCGUCCCCCCAAACAGUGAUGUGGAACAGGCCCCUGCUCCUUGACGAGCGCCUGAGCCAUCCACUCAGUGAGGGCAAGUCCUCCAGCUCCUCCUCCUCCAACCAAUCAGAGCAGGGUUUCACACGCACCGGCAGCAGCCCAUUGGCCGUGCCAGGAAAGAGGCUGGCGGCGGAGUAUGCCCGCUCAGGCUCCUCCCUCUCCACAGAGUAUGGCAGCUGGCAGAUUGUCUCGGGCUGUGGCAGCAUCCACGACCAUGCCCCGUACCUGCUGCCCUCCGCCGCCGCCGCCGACUCACCCCUUCCCUUCAGCUUCCAGGAUGAGGGGCCCAAUGGACGAAUGUGCCAGCCCCCCCCAGAGCGGCAGGCCCGUUUGGAGGCGGUGAGGGAGGUCUUCCUGGCUGCCUACAGCUCCACCGUGGGGCUCAAAUCCUCGGUUUCCAGCCCCUCUGGUGCCAUCUCAGGCCUUCUUGAGCAGUUUGCCCGAGGCGUGGGUCUCCGCGGUACCAACAACAUCGUCUGAUGACCUCUCUCCUCCCUCCCAUCCCCAUAUCCUCAUUGGCCGUUGACAUCUUUAAUCUACUCACACUCUUCAUCACAUAAUCCCACCCUGUGAGGAAGGGUGGGGUGCUUCACGGUCGGACAUCAGAAGAGUUCAAUAAAAGAAGUGCCAAAAUUAAUGUACUCGACCCAGGGGCUGAGACAUAUUUAAUAUUCAUUUUUGGUUCUUUUCUUUUAGCAAAUGUUAGUGUCCUGGAUUUUUAAAAUCUUAUCUGUGCCAUUCGAACUUCCUCUUUACUGUUCUUUUUUGUGUGUUGCAUCUUUGUCAAAUUCAGGGAGUGGUUGGCCACAGUAUCAAAAGGGAACUGCAGGCUUAUUUGGCCAUCUCAGUUGCUCAUGUUUUAGAACAACAUUUGACCUUAAUUACACACCAAUUUACCUAGUUCAAACCAAUAAUUCAUUGUCUUUGAAAUGACAGACAAUUUUUUCAUUUCUUCCUAUUGAAAGAAAAGAAAAUGCUCUGGGAUUCAUCUUGACGAUCUUCCUCAGAAAAGCAUGUAUUUCUCCUUUUUUAGUGAAUGAAUAGACUGACGAGCUGCUAUUCAAUGCUGAACCAAGCUGGAGUAUCUACCGUUACAUUUUAAUUUUUUCAUAAAAUAUUUGAAUAGAUGAAUAUAUGGUGCCCUUUCCAAAACCCAUGAUUUGAUGGUUGGAUCAGCUGAUUCAUAUUCACAUGCAUAUUUCACAUUCAGUCACCUCAACCCCCUUUUUCUUUAUCAAUCUUCAAAACUGAAGCACAAAAAGGCAUUGGUCUAGUCCAUUGUACAUAAUCUUUUGUUUAAUAUUUUCAUAGCUCUUCCUUGCUGAUCAAGCUAGUAAAGUACAAACCCACCUUAGAAUUUUGCCAGUUAAGCAGUUCUCUCCACCCCACUGUCUCUCACAAGUUGCUCUUUGUGACCAGAAGCUGGCCUUUCAGAGUUGAAGGGCAUUGAGACUGCAAGGUGCAUACCAGUGUAUUUUUAGUAGUCGUUAAUCAGCGGUUUAUCAAAUUUUUCAGUGCAAGAUUUGAGCAUCACUUGGUAUUUUACGUUCGCUUGAGGGCCAAAUGGUUUUGAUGACUGCUAUACCUCAGGACCUUUCGUUGUGCCUUUUAUCAUAAGUGUGGAUGUGAUUCUUAAUUUAACAUUGUUUUCAAACACAUCUGUAUCUUGUACAGUUUGAAAUCUUGAAUUUAAUGGAAAAAAAAUCUGUUAACAGUUAAGCUCCAAGGUCAAUGGCUCUUCCACCCUCUUAUCAGUCACCAGACUGCUAGAACAGUCAUAUUGUUUCUGCUUUGUUUGAUUACAUUAGUUGUGCUAUGAUUUCAAGGUAACUAAUUAUGUAUGCUGUUUUAAGGAUGUUGAGGGACAUCAUUUUUGUCAAUCAAAAACAUCAGUCAUAUUGGAUAGAAGGGCUCUACCAGGGGAGUGCAACAUGUUAACCUGCCGGACGCUUAUUUUAAAAUGUGUUCACACAAUAGUAAGGCUUUGGAAAUUGAGUGAUAUCUGGUUCUCGAGUGAUCCACAAUUAGCUACAGGCACCUUUUUUAGGCUAUUAUUUAUGUUGCCCAAGCAGAGUAGAUAAAGCAAUGCCAGGGGUUAUCUCUCAAGAUUUUCUUUUUGGAGGCCAUUACUUUUAGAUAACUUGUUGAAGGGAGGGAAUCAGAGAAUCUCUUUUGGUUGGUUUGGACUCAUGUUUACAUAUUUGCUUUAAGGUAAUGCAAGAAGGUGAAUACUCCUUUUGUGUUCCAAAAAUAAUGUCAUGGAUUUCUUUCCAAUAUGUUGUUCAAGUAAUUGUUGAAGUAAUUGAAAAUUAGGUAAGAUUUAUUUUCUGCUCUGGCGUCAUGACAUUACAUACCAGAGACCCCUGUUCACUGCCUAAUCACUGUUGAAGACAUCACUUGACAUGCCAUGGUUUUGCAGAAAAUGUCAAAAUAACGAUCACAAAUCAUUCACCAUGUUACAAUACUUCUGUAGUAGCCUAUACUGUACAUUGUAACUUGAAGCACUUCAUUUCCAUGUAUUACAGUGUCUGCAUGCAUCUCUCCAACUUUGGCUUGUGGAAUUGUAUUGAAGGAUUGUCUUCUUUCCUUUUAAUUUUAAAUUCUGCGUUGCACUCAUCGUCCGUAUUUUCUGAGUAUAGAGAACGUUUUUCUUUGUACAGUCAAUUCAUUUUCAAGUAAUUUUAUCUUGUUUUAAAUUGCUCUCUUAAUUGUCGCCAGAGAUCGACAUUGGGAAAGAUUAAUUGAGCUGAAGGUCGCUAAUUCUGAAUUAAAAAGUUUAAAUACUCGU